CCCAGGGAGCUGCUGCCCUCUGCCCCGGAUGGAGUGGAGGGACUGAUGGCGGAGAGCGCAUCGCUGUCCCGCACAUAAACAAACCGUAACCCCCCCGAGCAGCUCUCACUCCGCGCAGAGAGCACUGGCAGAGCGGCCGGGCUUCGGAGCAUGACUGUGUAUCACUAGAGCCCUUUAAUGUGAGCAGCACUAUGUCGAUGGAAGACCCGUUUUUCGUCGUUAAAGGGGAGGUCCAAAAGGCUGUCAACACUGCACAAGGUCUGCAUCAGAGAUGGAGUGAGCUACUGCAAGAUCCGGGUGGUGCCACCAAGGAAGAGAUUGACUGGACCACAAAUGAGUUGAGGAACAGCCUGAGGUCCAUUGAAUGGGAUCUGGAGGAUUUGGACGAAACUAUUAGUAUUGUGGAAGCAAAUCCAAGAAAGUUUAAUCUUGAUGCUGUGGAGUUGACCAAGCGAAAAGCCUUCAUCACCAGCACGAGGCAGACAGUUAAGGAGAUGAAGGACCACAUGUCUAGUCCAAUGGCUGUGUCCAUAUCUGACAAGAAAAACAGACAGACCCUUUUGGGGGAUGGAGGCUCCCACGGCCCAAUCUGGCAACCCGGAGGAGGAGGAGACAGGUACACCCGUCUGGACCGAGAGCUGCAAACAGCCAACUCCCAGUUUAUUGAGGAGCAGCAAACCCAGCAGCAGCUCAUAGCAGAGCAGCAGGAUGAGCAGUUGGAGCUGGUGUCAGGGACCAUUGGUGUGUUAAAGAACAUGUCUCAAAGGAUUGGACAGGAGCUUGAUGAACAAGCAGUAAUGCUUGAUGAUUUCUCUCAUGAGAUGGACAGCACUCAGUCCAGGCUAGACAAUGUGAUGAAGAAGUUGGCUAAAGUUUCCCACAUGACAAGUGACCGACGGCAGUGGUGUGCUAUUGGCAUUUUGUUGGCCAUCCUGUUUGUUGUGAUCAUCCUGUUCAUUGUUCUGUGAACAGCACUCCCUGUCCACAACUACUACAGCUUUCCUCACCUGCACAGAAGGAUUGACUAAAACAAAGGUGCUUUGGGGAAAGGAAAUCACCUUUUUCUCCAGUCCUUACUCCGUCACACUGUCAGCUGAUGAGUAUUAUGUUUCUUUUGCAACUUUUUAGGCAACUACAAAAUGCCACCAGCGUGGUACAUUUGCUUGUUUAUCUGUAAAUAAUUUUUUUUUUUUUUGGGAAAGCCUAAGUCCUAGAGACUUGUUCUAGUGUGGUGUGCAUCACUUACUUUUUCUGUAAGUGUGUUACUACAGCAUGAAAGGAUGCUGUUAGGUUUUAGUGUCUUAGUGAAGCUGGUGUCUUAAUCUGGCGUACAACUUGUUCAAGCUACUUUUUGCUUUUAUGACUCCAUAUUUUUAAAGGAGAAGUUCACCAGUUUUUCAAAAUUUCAGAAUAAUGUACUCAUGGAGAUGUAAACAGGGUCUGAGUGUUUUGUUGUGAAAUGGGACACUGCAUAGAAACUUACUGACUGAGAUUUUCUUUACAGUGGAGGUGAUAAGACCCCUGGUAACAUUGUCUACACUGCGAGCCAUUUUAUUUUCUAUCUGAAAUGGCCAAGGAGUCCACACGUCUUCUGAGUUCUUACAUGUAACAUUGAUAAUGGUACAAUACUGAUACAUCUCUUUGGGGACUAUUUUGCCUUACUACGCUCUCCAUGUGUUUCUCCACCGUGAAUGACGGGCACUGUAUUCGUACCUACUUUAGGUCAAAACUUUCUGUGAGGGAGCUUUGAGAGGCAUUCAUUCGUCUGGUUCCUGCCACCACCACUGUGCAUGAUUCUGACUCAGUUUCUCCAGAACAGAGCAUUUCACAUCAAACCACUGAAAAACGGUUAAAUCUUAACCAUUUAGUUAUGCAAAAAUUCUGAAAAAAUGGUGGAAAUCCCCUUUAAUGCUAAACAGUGACUCAUUGAACUAAUAACUGAUUUAAUUUUUCUCAAAGAAAUUCUAGGGCUACUAUUAAUCCUUUGCUUCCUGUCCUGUUUACGUGUUUGCUAUGAUGGCAGUAUGUUGCAAUGGUUAUUCUCAAUAAUCAGUACUAACUAAUGAAGUAAACUAUACUAAACACUGGAGUUCCAUGAUUUGGAACCAGAUUUAUUUUCUAAACGGGUAUUUAACUAACAACACUAACUACGUUAACCACUUCUGUUUUUCUUCUAAAUUUCAUUUGUCAUUUUUGGCAUUUGAUAAUCUGCUAGGUAGAGAAAUCUUUGACAGACACUAGUGAUAUAACUCAAACCUGAAGAGAAUCAGUCAUAUAUUUUUGCAGUAAAUCGAAGUAUGAAAUCCUUAUAAUGUGGUUCAGGCUAAAUAAGCUUGAUUGUCCCAGACUGAAGACUGUUUCCUGAUAUAGUUUGAGGAUGUGAGCUUGUUUGGGUCACAAUAUUAACGUAGGAUUUCGUCCUAGCUGGGAGAUGGAUCUCCUGCUGCACUAAAAAAAAAAGCUAAAUGAAU